CGUAUAUAACGUGAAGUUAGUCCGCCAAUACAACAUUCCGUGAUCCUAUCAGCUACUGGCAAAUUGAAAAUGUACUACCAGAUUUGUUUCAUUUGUUGUCUUGUCACAGUUUUUCAAAACAUUCAUGCAGACGAUUCCUAUGGAUAUACCAACAACAAAACAGUGCAGGCUACUCUAGCUUUGUCCUGCCCAACUGCACCAGACACAUGCAGGGAUGUGGUCAGUUCUUCACCCAGACCAGUGGUCAUCCUGUCAAGUGGACUUGAGGUGAUGUGUGACACACAGACAGACGGGGGAGGAUGGACGGUGAUACAGAGAAGAUUCAACGGACAAACAGAUUUCUAUCGGGGGUGGGAGGAAUACAAGUAUGGGUUUGGAGAUGUGGAUGUCGGAGAAUUUUGGCUGGGCAACGACAACAUUCACCGUCUGACGUCACAAAGACGAUACGAGCUGAGGGUCGAUUUUAAAUUUAACAACACGGACUACUUCGCUAAAUAUUCCAGGUUUCGGGUGUACGGAGAGGUGGAAGGGUAUAGGUUAAAGGUCAGCGGUUACUCAGGCAACGCGGGAGAUGCACUGACAGCUAGACACAACAACAUGAAGUUCACAACGUUCGACAAGGACAACGACAUUUACACCGGAAACUGCGCUGAGCUGUACCACGGCGCCUGGUGGUACGACACAUGUCACGUCUCAAAUCUCAACGGUCUUUAUGGCAACACGGAGUACGCCAAGGGACUGACCUGGUACCCUACCACAAAUUACUACGCGUCGGCGACUUUCACUGAGAUGAAAAUAAGACCAAUUUAAGAAGCAAUAAUUUAAAAAAUAAAUAAAAGAUGUUUAUAGAAUAAAAUGUUAAAAAAAUUAUUUACCUAAUGUACUAAUACCAAUACUUUUUUUUACAAUACUUGUGUUUCAUUAUCUUGAAAAAAUCCAAUGCAAUUGUCCUGUCCCACCUUAAAUGUUACCGUAUCUAAACUGACGAUCAAUAAUGUAGCAGAAGUAGUCCUCACGUUUUUUUUACUUUUAACAUACGAGGGUAUGGCGUGGGUACUUUGUUUUUCUAGCCGCCUUUCAUUCUUAUUGUCAGGUACUUAUGUUAGCUUGGUUGGGCUUUUAAAGUUCCAGGGGCUUAGUUAUUUUCGUUAGUACCUAAGACUAAGUCUAGUUUUUUCUCUAGAUCUAGAUUUUUAGAUCUAGAAUCCAAAUAGAUAAAGUAAAUUUUAUAAGUUUAGGUCAAGAAAAUUGUAUUGUAUACAUUUCAUAGCGUAAGUAGACCUAAAUCAAAUUUGAAUUAAAUAGUUCAUGUCUUUAUAUUCUAAAAUCGUUUUGUGUUCAUUCCUCCGUGUAAACAUUUGUGACAUCAUUGGUAAUCGCGUUCUUGUCACAACUAUAAAGACUUUUUCCGGUUGCAUUAUUAAAAAUGUUUUUUCUACAUUUGAA